ACAAAAAAAAUCGAUUGAAGCAGUUGACGAGAGAAAAUGGCUGGAGGAGGAGAUCAUCACGGCAGUCACGCCGACGGCGCCCAUGGCCAUGGCGGAGGGGAUUUCAGGGCCAAGGUCUGGACCAUGAGCGGUGGUCCCAACUGCCGCCCCUUGCACUGGAAGCGCAACACCGCCAUCGCCAUGGCUGGUAUUUUCCUCGUCUGCAUACCUAUCGCCAUGAAAUCUGCGGAACUCGAGCAACGACCACACAUGCCGGUUCACCCAAUUCCGUCACAAAUCUGGUGUAAGAAUUUUGGGAAGAAAGAGUAUUGAGUUUCUUCAUCAAGGCAAAAUGUGGUUUGCCUUUUCUUGAACAUCGUAUGCUUCUCACUUAUUUUUCCGCAGUUAAUAUGCUACUGUUGAUGUUCAAUUCAAUAAGAAAAGACUCUUGUGCUUGAUCCAUUUUGUUUUUCUUGUCUCAGUUCAUGAAUUUUUGUAUGCUA